AAAUAUUGAAAGCAUAAAAUCACUGCCGGGCCAGAAAAAAAUUACAAUCAUUAGAAUCUUAAUAUUGAGCUAUUCAAUCCUACCAGAACCUUUUAAAAAUUGUUUCGCAUUUUGUAGUAUAUUCCCACAAGGUCAUCUAUUUGACAAAGUUGAUUUGGUUCGAAUGUGGAUUGCAUUGGAUUUUAUCCAGAUGUCUUCUAAUACAGGAGACACUAUCGAAGAUAUGGGAAGAUGGUAUUUUGAUACUUUGGUCAAAAUAUCUUUUUUUGACAAGAAAAACUCGACAUUUUAUAAGAUGCGUGACUUAAUACAUUCAUUAGCACGGGAUGUUUCAGAAAAAAUGCUUCAGGUUUGUGGAGAAUAAAGAUGCGUCUUUUGACAUUCCUGAAACUAUUCGACACUUAUUUGUUGACAUUACAAAUCUAGAUAUGCUGAGAGAGAUUACAAAAUUGAAACAUUUACGUUCGCUUUUUUUGACCUGUCGAGAAGGUCAAGAUGAAAAUUUUAUGGAUGUACUUGCUGAAGUUUUUAAAGCAUUGAGAAGCAUUAGUGUGGUAUUCAUGUGUUUUCCAUAUUUGAAACUGGUGCCUGAGUCAAUCGAAAAUUUGAUACAUCUCAGAUACUUAAAUUUUCAUAGAACCCCUAUCGCUCUGCUACCAAAGGCUCUUUGCAAUCUUUAUCACUUGCAGUUUUUUAUCUUUAAUUCAGUACCUAAAUGUGUAAUUUCUGAUGAUUUCAUCCCAGUAGAUAUGAACAAUCUUUCAAAUCUACGUUAUCUAAAAUUGCGCGGGAAGUUUGUGCAUAGGAAUUUAAAGUCACUUAAAAAAUUAGAUGGAUUUUAUGUUACGAUUAAAAAUGGUUAUAAGAUUUGGGAGCUGAAACAAUCAAAUGACAUUUGUUGAAUACAAAAAGGGAGGAAUCUGAGGAAUAUAUUCAGAAAUCACCUUUGUGGAUUACCAGUGAAGCAUUCAAGGAAAUGUCGAUCAAAAAAUUGUCCGGGAAGUGCUUCGAGUUUUUAUAGUGAUGAAUUAGAUUAUAAGGAAAACCUCACAUAUUUGUCCUUAGAUUGGGGUGACUUUGACCGCAAUAAUAAGGAGAGAAGUGGCACCUUUGAAUGGGAUUUCUAUGAACGCACGGAUGAGGAAAGUGGCACCUUCACCAACUUUCAACAUUUGCUUACAAACCUUCAAAUAGAUAAGAAAAGUAGAACAUCAAGAAAAGUGGAACCAGAUUCAGAUUUAGAAGUGGUGAUGUUUGAAAAACUUGAACCACCCAACAACAUAAAAGAAUUGUUGAUGCAUGCGCACAUGGGUGCAGGGUCUACAUUAUGGUUGAACAAAGUCAAUUCGAUCUUUAAUUUAGAAUACAUCAGACUAGAUGAGUGUUUUAACUGGGAAAUUCUUCUACCUUUUGGGCAGCUUCCUCAUCUCAAGUAUCUUUAUCUUCUUAACAUGCCAAAAAUAGAGCAGCUUGAUAAUAAAUUUCAUCAGGAUACAAAGGUUUGUACCCUUCCAUCACUGGAGCUGCUACACAUUAAAAAUUUACAAGUGCUGGAGGUUUGGAUUGAUGUAGAAGCAGCAAAAGAUAACUGUUUGUUUCCUUGCUUAAAGAAGCUCUACCUCAAAGAGGGCCCAAAAUUGCAGGAGUUGUCCUGUUUACCUCCUAAGCUCGAGAGAUUGGAGUUGAAUAACAUUACGUGGAAAUCUUUUGAAUUUCUAAAGGAUAACAACAACUGUUGCAACAUUAUAAUUCAAAAUUGCGACAAUUUAAAGAAUUUCUUAAGAGUUAUGGCUUCGAGCGAUGAGCUCCGAGUGCGUGCAAAAGUUAUAAACGAUGCUUUCACGUUGAUGAUGGAGCCAUUGAGAAGUAUUGUGUCUAUUAACUUGUUGGAAAUUAAGGAUUGUCCUAUGAUUUCCUUUCCAUAUGGGGCAGAGCAGUGGUUUCAGGAAGUUAGUUACCUUUGUAAGUUGAACUUGGAAAGGCUUCAAAAUCUUGAGUCUCUCCCUUGCUUCUCUUCACUUGAGAUUUUAGAUAUGAUAGAUGUUCCCAAGCUCCAGAGGCUGUCGUACAUCCCCGCUUCUCUGAAACAAUUAAGUCUUCAAAAUCUCGAAUCAUUGCAGGAUCUUCCAUCUUUUAGGGACGUCUCUUCACUUGAGAUUUUAGAUAUAAUAAAUGUUCCCAAGCUCCAAAGGCUCUCGUACAUCCCCGCCUCUUUGAAACAAUUAAGUCUUCAAAAUCUCAAAUCAUUGCAGGAUCUUCCAUCUUUUAGGGACAUCUCUUCGCUUGAGAUUUUACGUGUGGAAAAACUUCCCAAACUCCAGAGGUUGUCGUACAUCCCCACCUCUCUGAAACAAUUAAAGCUUCAAAAUCUCGAAUCAUUGCAGGAUCUUUCAUCUUUUAGGGACGUCUCCUCACUUGAGAUUCUACUUGUGAUAGAUGCUCCUAAGCUCCUACAACUGCCUAACAUUCCGACCUCUUUAGAAAAUUUAAAGCUUGAAAAACUUGAAUUGUUGUUGCAUCUUUCGUUUUUUAGGGAUGACUCUUCACUUAAGAUUCUAUAUAUAAUAAAUGCUCCUAAUCUCCAACAACUGCCUAACAUCCCUUCCUCCAUGGAACAAUUAUGGCUUGAAAGACUCGAAUCAUUGCAAAGUCUUCCAUCAUUUAGGGAAGACUCUUUACUUAAGAUUUUACAUGUGGAAAAAGUUCCUCUGCUUCGAUUGCUGCCUGAAAUCCCCGCCUCUCUCGAACACUUAGAGAUUAAACAUCUCGAAUCAGUACAGCACAUGCCGCUUUCUUUUUCCAAAUCUUCACUUAAAAUUCUACAUGUGAAAGAUGUUCUUCAGCUCCGGCUACUGCCUGAAAUCCCCGCUUCUCUGAAACAUCUAACACUUGAAUAUCUCGAAUCAUUGCAGAGUCUUCCAUCAUUUAGGGUCGACUCUUCACUUGAGAUUUUACGUGUGGAAAAAGUUCCUCUGCUCCGGCUGCUGCCUGAAAUGCCCGCCGCUCUGAAAUGUCUAACUCUUCAAUAUCUCAAAUCAUUGCGG